UUAGCAUUUUUCGUCAGAAGGCCGCGCGAAGGCACAGGCGUCUGAACGUUACCACGGUGCCCGGGCGGCCGGCGGCGAAUCCGAACUGCCUGUCAACAUCUCUGAGCGGCGGCAGCUCCGAAGGCCGGGGCAACUGGCGGCAGGUAGGAAACUAUGUGAAGGAAUCUUCUGAUGUAUUAAUUCCUGGCUGUCACUAGAACAUUUGAACGCCACUCCUUUGGCAAUUCCAGCCUUCUGUGCAAGGUCAGCAGGAACAGCUGAUUUAUUCACCUCGAUAGGAAUCAGACUCAGCCUAUUUUGCCAUUAUUUUCACUUUUUAAUCUAGGUUUUCAGUGAACUAUGCCUUUUCAGUUUGGGACCCAGCCAAGGUGGAUCCCACUGGAAGGAGGAGAUUCUCCGAUUGGACUGGAACCUGGGCUGAGCUCCAGUGCUGCCUGUAAGGGGAAGGGGAUGCCCCCGGCCAGACAACUCCAUAGAUGCCCUGGAAGCCAUUGCCUGACAAUAACUGAUGUUCCCAUCACUGUUUAUGCAACAAUGCGGAAGCCGCCUGCUCAGAGCAGCAAGAAGAGGCACCCGAAAUAGCAUCACUGAGUCUUCUGUAGUGGCUUGACUAGGUCAUGGGCAGUGCGCCAGGAUCAUCUUAUGACCUGGUGAACAAAUAAAAUUGGUGGUGCCUUUGGAUGAUGA